AUCAGCAACGUCCUGUUUUUCAUUUUACCCCCCAUCUGCAUGUGCUUGUUCCGUCAGUACGCGGCAUGCUUCAACAGCGGCAUCUACCUAAUCUGGACUCUCUUAGUGGUGGUGGGAAUUGGGUCUGUCUACUUCCACGCAACCCUUAGCUUCCUGGGCCAGAUGUUGGAUGAACUGGCAAUCCUGUGGGUUCUGAUGUGUGCCCUGGCCAUGUGGUUCCCCAGAAGGUAUCUGCCGAAGAUCUUCCGGAACGACAGGGGCAGGUUCAAGGCAGUGGUCUGCGUCCUGUCUGCGGUUACAACCUGCCUGGCGUUUGUCAAGCCCGCCAUCAACAACAUCUCUCUGAUGACGCUGGGUGUGCCCUGCACGGCGCUGCUCAUCGCGGAGCUGAAGAGGUGUGACAACGUGCGCGUGUUUAAGCUGGGCCUCUUCUCCGGCCUCUGGUGGACGCUGGCCCUCUUCUGCUGGAUCAGUGACCGGGCCUUCUGUGAGCUGCUGUCGUCCUUCCACUUCCCCUACCUGCACUGUGUGUGGCACAUCCUCAUCUGCCUGGCCGCCUACCUGGGCUGUGUGUGCUUCGCCUACUUCGACGCUGCCUCGGAGAUCCCCGAGCAGGGCCCUGUCAUCAAGUUCUGGCCCAGUGAGAAGUGGGCCUUCAUCGGGGUGCCCUACGUGUCCCUCCUGUGUGCCAACAAGAAGUCACCAGUCAAGAUCACGUGACGGCCGGGCGGCGCUGGCUCGUCUGCGUGCUCUCCCUCAUGCACUGGGCUUCUUUCGCUAGCAAAGACAGCCAAGGGGUUCUAGGGAGCGGUGUGGGGUGCAUCUUUCAGAAUUCUGUUCCUGGGGGCUCUAACUAGCGUGUCGGUGGACCUCGGGGUUCCACCGUGCUGGGGAGGAAGGCGUCUGUCCUUCCCCGAGAUGGAUAACAGCGGACUUGGGGACACGGGUGUAUCCUUCUCGCUGUCACUUCCCGAUGCGUUGGUGAGUGGGCUGCAGCCAUUCUGGUUAUGGUGGCUGGGGCAGUCCAGUCCUUCGGGGGCCGGGGCUGCCCAGUGCCUCUCCCGGAGUCGGCCUGCCCCAGGCUCUGCCGCCCGGGCACUGUUGGAGCCUGCUCUAGCCUGACCCUCCGGCUCUCUGCUGGGAGGUGCCGGAGACUUUCCCUGGGGAAGCUGCCCUUCCGGACACAGCCGUGACGCAGGGUGUGGCUGGGGAGGCUGGUUUUUCACUUGCUCCUCUCAACUAACCCAGGCUUUCGCUGCAUUUGCAAAUCUUUUUACCACUACCUCUGUUGAGAGAGAGAUUAAGCUUCAGAGAGGGUAGGCUGGUGAGCACCACCCUCGGUGCCAAGAACCACUCUUCUGCGAGCCACUCCUACAGAAGAGCGCAACGUUUAAGUGUUGGCGUCGUCUCCCAGAGCAGCAGCCUCAGGUGCACACACAGCAGCUGUGGUGUGGAGAUCCCUGAUAUAGCCCACCUUGCCGCUGGGCCCCGUGCUAUCACCAAAUCCUUACGAUUUUGCUGGGGCCUCUGGCUUAAACUUGGGAGCAAACACUGAUUUUUCCCCCACCACUGAAGCCUCCAGUAUCUUACACUGUUCUGGAAAUUACCUUCAAGAACUCACCUGGCUGGGCACACUGCUUUAUGCCUGUGAUCCCAGCGUUUGGGAGGCGGAGUUAGUAGCACCACAGAUUUGAGGCCAGCCGGGGCAAUUUUGUGAGGACCUGGCUCAAAAUAACAAGGGUUGGGGAUACGGUAGAGAGGGCCUGGUUUCGAUCCCUAAUACUGAAAGAAAAAAAGGGAAACAUUCUCGCCCUGUAUUUCUCCGCGAUUUCUGUGGAAGUGACGCUCCCCACGCUCACGUGCAGGGUGUUUCCUGUGGUUCUCAGCGCUGACCUCCCACUUCGCUCAGGUGCUGGCCGUGAGUGCACUGGUCAGCCGGUGGAGGGCGCUGGUGCAGCUGGGCGGAUCUUGCCGUCUGAGCGUUUCUCACCUGGGGUGACCCUGGCUGCAGUGACUCUUCACUGGACUUCAGUGGAGGACUCCAGGGCUGUCUUCAGGGUGUGAGGAGGGGAUGGUCGACCUCAGGGAUACUCACUUCAACUCAGGCAGCUCUUGCUUUUCAGCGUAACAUUGUUAAGGUAAAGCAGGACGGUCAUGCCCUUCUGCCCUGCUUGGGUGGAUGGGAGUCACGUCCCCUGCCCAGGACUCUUAGUCUGGUUAGAAUUUGCGCAGAAUCCAAAGGGAAAAGGCCAAUCAUCAUCUGAACUUAGAGUUUAAAAAUGAAGGACUUUAUUCAACUUCGAUGGUUUUCAAAUUUUCUAAAUAACUCACUAGGCUAUUUCCUGUUUUUUCUUGUAGCAAGAAAUCUUUAUGGAACACUAUUGUGUGAAAUAAAUAAAUUUUAGGAACUUACAUUUAUACCAUCUACUUAAUAUAUCAGUCAGUAAAAAUGCAAAUUAAAUCCCAGCACUUGGGAGGCUGAGGCAGGAGGAUUGUUGCAGGUUUGAGGCCAGC